AUGGCCGCCCCAUCUUACGCCUCAGAGCUUAAGAUCGCUGAGCUCGCCGUUCAGCGCGCCACCAUCCUCACUAAGCGAGUCUUCCACGAAAAGGCAAAGGGUACCGUUGACAAGAACGACAAGAGCCCUGUCACUAUUGGUGACUUUGGCGCCCAGGCGCUUAUUAUCGCUGCCCUCCGUCACAACUUCCCCGACGACGCUAUCGUCGCUGAAGAGGAAGCUGCUCAGCUCCAAGAGGAUGCGAACCUUAAGCAGACUAUCUGGGAGCUCGUUAGCUCUACCAAGCUCGACGACGAGGACGCUGAGAAGCAGCUCGGCGGUCCUAUUAAGGAUGUUGAGGAUAUGCUCGAGUUGAUCGACAGAGGCGGCAGCCAAGGUGGUUCAAGCGGUCGCAUCUGGGCCAUUGACCCCAUCGAUGGUACCAAGGGUUUCCUCCGCGGUGGACAAUACGCCGUAUGCCUGGGUCUUAUGGUUGAUGGCGACGUCAAGGUCGGUGUUCUCGGCUGCCCCAACCUCCCUGUCGACGACUCAGCCCGUUUGACAUCUGACAUUGGCGCAAAUGCCACCGACGAGGGUCGCGGCGUUAUCUUCUCUGCCGUUCAGAGCCACGGCGCCAACAGCCGUCCUCUGACCACCAGCGCCCUCUCUGCCCAGAAGGCCAUCUCUAUGCGAAGCCUUGACGACCUCUCCAAGGCUACUUUCUGUGAGAGUGUUGAGGCUGGUCACUCUGCGCACGACGACCAGGCUCUCAUCUCCAAGAAGCUCUGCAUUACCCAGGACAGUGUUCGCAUGGACAGCCAAGCCAAGUACGGCUCCAUUGCCCGUGGCGCUGGUGAUAUCUACCUCCGUCUACCUGUCAAGGCGACAUACCAGGAGAAGAUCUGGGAUCACGCUGCUGGUGACCUUAUUGUCCGCGAAGCUGGUGGCGAGGUCACUGACAUUCACGGCAAGCGCCUCGACUUCAGCGUCGGACGCACUCUGGCCAACAACAAGGGUGUUAUUGCUGCUCCCGCUGCUGUCCACGGCAAGGUCCUCGAGGCUGUUCAAGAGGUCCUGAGCGCCAAGCAGUCAUAA